AUGCCCCCGACUGUUACCAGCGCACAGGCUGCGCCGCCUGCGCCGCCUGCGACAACUCGACGUGACUCAACGAAAGCCCCAAGCAGCGCUCAGGAAAGCCCGUCUUCACAUUCGAACGGUCUUGAAGAGAUCGCUCCACAGCAUGGGCACCAAAAACUCGUAUUCACCGACCCUGUCGCACUCCGAUACUUGGAAGAGGACCCUUCGACCAUCGUGCUGCAUCGGCGUCUGGUACUUCAGGGGUAUGAGGUAUACAUUGUUGAGCAAUGGGCCUGCUCGAGAAUCCAUCCAACCUUUGUAAUCACAACUUAUACAGGGGAUCCCAAGCACACGGUAUCAGUCGGGGUGUUAAGUGUCCCGACGGACGAAUCCACGUGGUCUCCGCGCCUGAAACUAUACUUCAAUGCCGUUACGCAAUACCAAGCUCGAAAGAAGGAAACGCCUCUGGGAACUGUCAUGGUCACUGACCUCAGCUCCUUCCCAUCUGCUCUUACCGUGAUCCCAGUUCCCGAAGGCGAUGUGACUCGGCACAAGGAGGACUUUGUUGUGAAUGAGAACCUGAAAAGGCUGUCGUGCGCUGGUCGGGCCGGCCUGAAGCUCCAACACCCUUCGCCCGCAACAGUGGCAAAGUUUUACCAGCUGUAUCGAACGAGUGAGCGGGUACCCGUUUACAGUGCAGUCAUUGAGCUUGUCAAACAGUGCCAGAUUGCUCUGACAAUGUUCGGUAUCUUACCGCCCGAGUAUGUGGAUGGGCUGCUUUGUGAUGUCACGGAAAAUGCGAUUAGAGAAUGGUGGACCGAUAUCGGCAUCGAUCUGUACAACAUUGAGCCAGGUGACGGUGUGCUGGGGCCGACUACAGUGGCUGCCCUGCUGGGCACAUACAUGGGAGCCCGGAACCGCCUCCACGCUUACGGCGCUCCAGUCGGGAAGGAUGCGUUUGACACUCGAAACCUCAAGAGGGCGAUUGAGAGUUUCCAGAAGUCGCAGAAGAUGGAGCGAACACGAAGGCUGGACAGACAAACUCUCGAUCGGCUACAUCGUGCGACUGCUAAAGCGGCAAAUGCAGAAGGGUGGACCGAUGCUGUUAAGUCAACGAUGGCGGAAUUGAGCGGACACGGCGGGGAGAUGGUCAUGGGAAUGGUACGAGGACGGGAGAAGGGCGGUAUCGCCGACAUCGAGACCUUGGAACUCGAUAACUUUGCAUCCUUGGUAUUCGGUGAGCGAGCAAAGUGGUUGUGGAGGGGGAAACCGCGGAAAGCAGGAGUCGGCGACGGCUUCUUCUCCCACGAUCCAUCUGCCGCGGACAUGAUGUUUAUGAAGAACGAUCAAGGCUAUGUCUGGACGAGUCGAAAGCGUCACUCGCACGAGGAUCUAGGGGCGGAUCGCUCUGCACAAGGGGCAGAUCGGGCGUGGAAACAGUCCGAAAUGACAAGCGGCUUCGACGAGAAGGACCAGAACCUGGGCCGCAUGGUUCGAAAGGGCGUCAGCGGGAAAGUGUCAGAUGCACGAAUCGGGUUCGGCAGAUUUAAAGAAGCAGUUGGGCUGCCUAGCCUUCGGUCUCAGCACCAUCGACAGGCAAAGGACUGUGUGGAAAUGUGCAACGAUGCAGCUUACAUGCCACAGGCAGACAGCGAUGCGGAAGUGCCAGUCUGCAAAGCAGAGAGGGAGGGAAAUCUGAGCGAUCGAGAAAGCCUUCGCGACCAUCACGACCGAUCACAAAUCGAUCGUGCAGAGGCAGAGCCAUCAGCCACCCUCGGCCCAUCGACAACAUCUGAGUUGAAACCCCCUGAGAUCACUAUUCAAUCUCCUGGAGAAGGCGAUGAAGACGAGUCCGAACGGAAACCUUGGACAAGUCCAUCGGAGGAAGAUGAUGGACCUUUGGCUCGUUGCAGGACCCAGUCAUCCGAUGCACCGGCUAGCCAGGAUGAAUUGCGCAUUUCGGACAUGCUCUUGUUGCGCCGACCCCAAAGCUGCCUUGAGCUCAGGUCAGCAGAGGAAUCGGAGCAUAGAAGCAAUGGCUGGCCUCGCCAUCUCUCUUUCAGCGUCGUUGAAGAAGUUGUCCUCGGCUGGAAAGAAUUGGCAAGCCGAGAGGCCCUGCAAGAGAAACCGGGCGCCACGUUGGAAGAGGGCGUUGCUUUUGAGGACAUGAUGGCUUCGGACGCGCACAUAUUGAGCUCCCGGAUUGAAGAGUUGGCUCAGCGCACGGCGCCCUGGGUUGAAAGGCAGGUGCUCGCUGUGGACGAGCUGAGCCAAAAUCUCAGCGAAUCGCAAGACCAGAUCAAUGCCCUCUACCUCACUCAGACCGAGAAGUAUCAGCAGAUCCGGGACCGCACCAGUGACCUGCUCACAGAAGAGCAUACCUCCCUUCUUGAUACCAUGAAACGUGUUGAAUUGAUGGGCGCCAAAUUGGAUUAUGAGCUGAGCGCCCUCGAAUCGAAGGUCGAGGAUGUGGAGACUGGUCUUGGUGAAUUUGAGCGAUAUGUCCUGGACCUGGAGGCGAGGAUCCAGGGAUUGAUCAGGACCGAAGAAGAGAAGCACAGCAACUCAUGGUUCUCCCGACUCAGGAGUCUUUUCGGAGCUCCCUCACAGUGA